AUGAGUAAUUUAUCAUUACACGACGAGAAUGAUUCUAAUCCUAGCACAGUGAAACAACACUCGAAAUAUCAAAAUAUGUUCGAUUACUCACUAUCUACACCAUGGCAUCGAAUAACAGCUGAGCCAUAUUCCAGACAACUUAAUAAAAAGCACAAACUUCUUAAACAUCCAUUUCUAAUUCAAUGGAAUCCAAUGGACACAGCUGAACACCGUAGAAAUCAUAAUCAUAACAUCUAUACAUUGAUGCCUUCAUCAAAUCAACGAUCAUCAAGUACGCGUCCAUCGAGAAGAAUAGAAAAUAAUGCACGAUUACAAACUGUUCGAUCAACAAGUACAACUAAUCGACCAUUCACUUUUGUUCUUACUAAUAAUUCUGAAUUGUUGCGACAUACUCGUGCAUUUCAAUUCCCGGUAAACUAUAAUAAUUUAUCUUCACAGAUUAUACAUCAAAGACAGACAACAAAUCCAACUCAAAAUGGUGCAAACAACAACAACAAUAAUAAUGAUAAUAUUCGUGAACAAUUACUAAAUAAUCUCUUACGACUUGAAUUACAAGAUGUAGCUCGUGAUUAUCUAUCUCGAACAUCGCGACCUUAUCCACUUCAAUAUGUAUAUGAUAUGUCCGAUAUUGAAACACAGCAACCGUAA